AAAUAAAGCGGCAUAGUGAGUGUAGGAGUGUCAUAUGACAGAGCUGCUAUGGGUGGUCCCAUGAGACAUUUUGGCUGUGGGGAAACUGGUCCUGAGCCACCAUGGCCUGUAAACAACAACAGCGUCAAGUUGAACUAAACUGGAUCUGAGCGUCGGCCUCUUAUCUGACGCUCGUCUGCUUACAGCGAGUCAAGUAAAGAGCUUUUUGACAAUGCGCCGAAGGUGUGUCUGGUGAGUGGAUCCAGUCCGUAAACCACGACGAGCUAUUUCGUCAACAACUGCUUCUCCAGGCGAUCCCCCCCAAACCGUGCACCGAAGAGCUAAUCUUAGCCAUAUUGGCUAAGUUAGCUGUAAUCGCAGCUAAGAGGCUAAUCUUAGCUAGCCAGAAAACAUUACGUUAUUUGUGCGGAUUAAGUGGCGUUUUCGAUGGCUGCUCAGUCAUCACACUCCAAACUUCCCAGUGACUAACGCGGUAUGUUUGUAUUUUGGUUUUACCAAGGGUUGAUCAAUGCAAUUUUUGCCAGACAUUUGGCAGCCCAAAGCUAAGGUUAGCUGGCCGUUGUCAGGAUCUCUGGAGCGUUUGUGUUUGCAGCUAAGCUAACAAACGGAAGCUAACAUAUAACGCAAACAUAUUAUUUACAAUCAGUUUGGAUCUGAAAUCAACUUGAAUAGUGGUAAUCGAUUAACAUAAUCAUUCAAAUGGGCCUUUCCAACAACAUUUAAAGCUUUUAAACCGACUAUUCUUGUAUCUGUGGCUCAAAGUUACUGCGUAUCACUGGCUAAAUGUAGCAAACGUGUAACAUUAUUGCGAUGCAUUACCAACACGAGAGAGAGCUAUCGUGUAAAACUCGCUCUCAUGUAGACAAAUGAUAAUGUACUUUUAAUUCUUUUGCUUCUAAACUUGUUUGAUUAGCUGUGAAUUUGGCCGUAAUGUACAGGGCUGGCUCGGAUCAUCUGAACAGAAGUGGUUUUUGGGGCUUAAAUUUUAACGCCUGGGAUCCAACAUACUAACCCAUCGAUCCGCUGAUGUUGCCUCUCAGAUUUGGGUGGAUUUACGUUUAAUUGAUGGUUUAACCAGACCGAGGUGUUGGAAAUGUUGUAGUUAACUUUGCCAGGUCAACUGUGGCCGUGUGUAUUGAUCGAAUAUUGGGUAAUAUUCUAUAAUUAUUUAUUAUUUAUAAUAGUAAGCCAUAAUCUAAUAUUAUGGGAAGUAAAAGCUAAGCCAUUAAAUGAGCAUUUGGAUCAUAUCUAAUACGAUCCCUCUCACACACACAUACAGGAGCAACAAUUUUAGGAGCAUAUUAAUUAUUAGGGGGAAAAAAAACUUCAACUCACAAUCAUAACCAGAUGUUGCAGUUCAGGAAAGUGGUGACUCUAUAACACUCAAGGCAACUAACUGUACUGUUUUUGUGACCUUCAGAUUGAUAUUGUUCAGACAGGACCUGAUCCUCUCUUCUGGGUAGCUUACUCGCCAUGUCCUCACAGCAACCCAACAGCUCAGCCUCCAACAGUCCCACCAACAUCUUGGGUUCUCCGUUCUCAGUGAUCAGUCCUUCUCUUAACUCCCCAGUGGUUUCUCCUUCUUUGGGCUUUGGUCCCAUCAGCAACAGCCAGGUAACAGAGACUUAUUUGAGAAUCUGGGGUUUGUCCUGAUUGAGCUGCUGUAGUUGAGGAUUACUUGAGUAAUGGUUAGUUAGUGUACUAAUAAGCAAUACUGUACAAAAUGCUCAGUGCAGAAGGGUGAGGGGAUUGUAUGUUAUGUUCCUAGUUGCCAAGAGCUUUUGCAUUAACUCUCGGGUCUAGACACUUUAUGGCGUGUUAUUUUUGUAGCAUUUUUAAAUACUAUUUGAAUAAUUGGUCAAGUAAACAAAAAGCGCGGUUGUCAUUUAAUAUGUUAUACUCAGCAGUAGAGGUCAAUGUAUUAAUCGUGUCUUUUGGUUGCACUAUGUCUCCAGAUUUCUUCUUCAGCACCCAUAUCAGGGAUGCACUCAAUCAGCAGUUCAGAUGAUGUCAAGCCUCCCUUUGGCCUGAGGCCUAUGCCGGCUCAUAGUCCAGGAAUAAUGUUGUCUCAGAAGCGCCUGUGUGUCAUCUGUGGAGACCGCUCUUCUGGUGAGUGAGCGCACUUCGAGCUGGAUUAGCAGCAGCAAAACAUCACUUUUAUUUCAUCCCCAUUUUAAUGAUGGACAUGUGUGCCUGCAUUUCAUCAACACUGUUCGAAGAAAACCCCUUCUGAACUUUGAUCUUAUUCUACAUUUUUCCAUCGGCCUCUAACUGUUUGAUAUUUGUAUCAUUUUCAGGCAAGCACUAUGGAGUGUACAGCUGUGAGGGUUGCAAGGGUUUCUUCAAACGAACAGUGAGAAAAGACCUGAGUUACACCUGCAGAGACAACAAAGAGUGCCUGGUUGACAAACGCCAGCGCAAUCGCUGCCAGUAUUGCCGCUACCAAAAGUGCUUGGCCAUGGGCAUGAAGAGGGAAGGUACGCGGGGGUCAGGGUUUUAGAAUUCAUUUGAGAGCCUGUUGUUUGACGGGUCAGUAGGGCACUACACGUUUACAAAAAAAAAACAAAACAAAAAAAAAAAAAAACAGGUUUCGUUGUUAAAUCUGUGUCAAGAUCUAUAGAUGGGACUUAUGCCAGAGUUUUCUGCAAGAUGAACUAAAAUUGAUCAAUUUUCUGGACUGAUUUAAACAUUGGCAGUUAACAUUCUUUGUUGAAAUAACACGCAUUGGUGAUCGAGGCCCAACUAAAUAGGUCAAUUUCUAUAUGAUUAGCUAGUAUUUCUGGUGUAUCCAAAGGUGGAUGCUGAAUAAGAUAAACGAAAGGGUAGAGACGGGUGUAUUGGGGCUGGUUUAUAUAACUAACCCCUCUCCAUCUCUUCUCUUCAUUUUCUCCUAUUCUGCCCUGUCUCCAUCUUUCAAUAGUGAUCAAACAUGUAAAGUGGAUAAAAGAAGAUGGAAAAGAUGAGGGAUGGAUGAGUAUGUCAUUGUAAUCUUAAUCAUGCUUAAAUGUUACCAUGAGAGUUAGCCUUUUGUGUUAAACAUGCACAUUUUUUGAAUGGGGGAUGUAUACCGACCAGAACAUGAUAAACACUAAGGUAGUGUGAUGCAGCCCGAUACAACAUUUCUACCAUUAACUCUAAUUUAAAGGAGUUUCGGCAUUUUCCAUUUUUGUUGACAUAAUCAGACAGGUUGCAGUUGUUCUCUAGAGUAAUUUUUCAAGUUGUAGUGGCUGUUAGCAUUGUAUUGAGGCAAGUAUUCCUAUUAUUUUGCUCCUCCUAUGUUCAUUUAUUAGUGUAACACACCUCAGUACACCACCAUCACCACCAACUCUGUCUUCAUUGAUUGAUACAAAACACAGGAACCGCCUGUCUGAUCAUGUCAACAAAAACAACGAAAAAAUUCCUCCCAAAGUCGAAUCUGUGGUAGAGAAGUUGUAUUGGCUUGCGUUAGCUUGCCCAGGUGUUUAUAAUGUCAAGGCUUGUCGGUCUUUGUGUGUUAAAUUCCAAGAGCUGAUGUGGAUGAGUGCUGCGUGGUUUAUUAGCUAGUGAUGAUUGAAAUAAGCGCUCGACUGUCUGUAGGUGUUUGCUGAAUGCAUGAACUAUAUGUAAAAACCCAUUGGAGCGGGUCAGUGUUGAAGCAGUAAAGAAUACAAUGGAUCACAGUCUAUUAAAGGCGUCAGGUGUAGCCCAUCGAUAGCCGUGGCUUCUGCAUAUGAAGGAAAUGUUAAUGAUUCUGUUCUUUAGUCUACCCGAGGACCGCGUGUUGAAUAACUGGACCUGCUCUCCUCUGCCAUGAGCAGAUUUCACAUGUCAGCUUCUAGUCUUCUCAGUUAUAUCUAUGGUGCUUUGUGCCCAUUAGAACAGCACCACUUUAAAGUCAUGCUGCCUUUCUUUAGGGAUGAAAAAUCAAUGCAUUGUGAUCCUGCCUGAUACACUAUCUUUUUCAGAAACACCCUGUGAUUUUUAACAAUCCCUCAGGAUGCAACACUAAAUGCUUUAUUUGUUGCAGAGGAUGUAGUUACAUCAACAAUAAAUCAUUUUAACAAAAGUUUUCGAGGCAGCAAAAACCCUGCAGAGAAGUGGGACUUUUUGCUAACUAUCACUGUUUAUAACAAAGAUACACACAAUCUAACUGCUCCCUCUCUCACCUUUUUUGUUUUGUUUUGUUUUUUCUGUGGUGCAGCGGUCCAGGAGGAGCGCCAGAGGAACCGGGAGCGUGAAGGAGAGCUGGAGUUCAGUGUGGGAGUGAAUGAGGAGAUGCCUGUGGAGAAGAUUUUAGAGGCAGAGACCGCUGUAGAGCAGAAGACUGAGCUUCACUCUGAUGGUGGUUCAGCAGGAAACUCUGUGAGUGGUUACGUUUUUGCUCUAGUACAUGUAUCGAACUGUCAGCAGCCUGAUGGGUUAAGUAGCUUUAAUAGAUUCAGAGAAAAUUUGAUUUUUGAUGUGCUGACAAAUCAAUAUCGUGUUGUUGUUUUUUUUAAUGGGUCAGCCCCACGAUGCAGUGACCAACAUCUGCCAAACCGCAGACAAACAGCUGUUUGCUCUGGUGGAGUGGGCAAAGAGGAUCCCUCAUUUCUCUGAGCUGCCUCUGGAUGACCAGGUCAUCCUUCUGCGUGCAGGUAUGUUCCAGCUGCAGUCAUGGAUGAGUGUGAGCUAAGACAUGGACACAAAGAUUGUGCAUGUCUGCGAGUGCGAGUCUUGGCAGGUAUUCAUGUGGAAAAUAGAAAAUUUUAGCUUUUAAAAGGAACUUUUCUUUAAUGAGCCAGUCAGUGGAACAAAAACAGUUAAUAUUAAGGGUAAAGCUUUGAGUAAUUAAGCCACACAGUUUGUUCACAGAAAACUCACAGUGAGAAAACACUAGAGGUAUAUCCAAGUCAAUCAAGAAAGCAUACAAACUCCUGAGAAUUACGAUAUCUUUGACCUCAUAUUCAGAAAACGAAGUAGCUAAAAAUAGGAAAGCUCCGUAAGAAGCUCUAAAACACGUGCUGCUGUCAUAUAAGAGGUCCAGAAGAGAGUGAGCGAGUGAGUGAGAGUUACAUUUCUUAAACGUGUUCUUAUAGACUCAGUGUUAGCCGCAGAGAGGAUCUUUUAAGACUACUUCUUUGAAACACCUUUUCUUUAUUUCAGUGUGAUUUCACCCUGACAACUACUAAUGAUUCUCCACAGAUGUCGUAACAUGCAUGAUUUGAUUGCAUUCUCUUUUUCAGGCUGGAAUGAGCUCCUCAUUGCCUCGUUCUCCCAUCGCUCCAUCGCUCUGAAGGAUGGAGUCCUUCUGGCCUCCGAGCUGCAGCGUGACAGCGUUCACAGUGCAGGAGUGGGGGCCAUUUUUGACAGGUACAUCUAUCAUUGAUUUACGGCUUUUGUGAAAUAUAGAUACAGUGAUUGUAAUUCGAUAGCUUGGUGUUCAUUGAUAUUUAUUGUAUGAUAAUACCUAGCUUUGAUUCCACACAGGGAGAGUGUGCAGAGUGCAGAGGUUGGGGCCAUAUUUGACAGGUAAUUUUAUACUUCUUUACUCUUGUGAGUAUCUUUAAUGUUAUUUUUGUUGUCAUGAUUUAAAAGUAUCUUGAACCAUUUUAUUUUACAGGGUCCUCACAGAGCUUGUCAAUAAAAUGAGAGAUAUGCAAAUGGACAAAACAGAGCUGGGCUGCCUCAGGGCCAUUGUCCUUUUCAACCCAGGUGCCUGAACAGUGCUGAUACUUAAAUAAGCUUGACAUUUCUUGUUACAAAGAAGGGUGUGUGGUUAACAGUCUUGCCCAUUGAUAGAAGUGUCUCGUACAUUUUCUUGCAGAUGCUAAAGGGCUCUCCAACACCAGCGAGGUGGAGCUCCUCAGAGAGAAGGUCUAUGCAUCAUUGGAAGCCUACUGCAAACAGAGAUACCCAGAGCAGCAGGGAAGGUAAAGCUUCUUUUCUCCGACAAAGUGUACAAGUUAAAAAUGCUCAAGUGAAACAUGAGGUGUGCAUUGUUCAAACUAAAUGAUUUUCCGUGGCUCUGUGUAGGUUUGCUAAGCUCCUCCUCCGACUGCCAGCACUGCGGUCCAUCGGCUUGAAGUGCCUGGAGCAUCUCUUCUUCUUCAAGCUCAUCGGUGACACGCCUAUUGACACUUUCCUCAUGGAAAUGCUUGAAGCUCCCCAUCAGUUGUCUUAGAUAGGAAGCGCGUUCUGUGGUUAGGUUUAGAUAGCUGAAGUCUGGGAAGCUGGAGUGGGACUGUAGUGGCACUUUAAGUUCUUUGAAGAUUUGUCAGUUUGUCUCACUGCUGUCUGUGUUUCACACCAAGUGCAACACGGAUUUGCUCUUUAGACCAAACCCAAGGCUUGGCAUGACCUACAAGCUGGUGCUAUAUGUUAAAAUAACUUCAUGAGUAACUAUGGUUUAAAAAGAGGUAUUUUUAAAAACGUAAACAUUUCCAUAUUUCCCUUACAAGAGCUGUAAUUUGGGUAUCUACUUUUGUAUAAGCUUUUUAGACACCUCAAACGUCCAGCUUCAGUUGUUACUCUAACUGAGCUGAUUCCCCAAAACCUGUUUUUUAAUACAAGGCAACCUGAAACAUGGUUCAUGGGUAUGCAUUAAGGACACAGUCUCCUUUUUAUCAUUUCUAAUAGAAGCCAGAUCUAAAACUAUACUAUAUUAUUGUACCAAACAGCCACCAGGAACUGUGUCCACCAGCAGCUCUGAGUUUACUUGCACCCAUUCAAGAGGACAAAAUCUUAACAGUGACCCUGAGAUAGGAGACAAGUCAGGAUCGAACCCAUCAGGUCUGACUUGUCUGUUUUUGAUUUGAGAUCAGCUUUAUGUGUCCUGUAACAAACAGCAAGUGUUGUUUACUUUUUAGCCAUUCUAUAAUUCUAAUCACUCUGAGGUUAAAUGAUUAAACUGCACUGCACACUUGCUUUGUUUUAUUUCUAAAAUGUAACUUUAAAAAAAACAAAAAAAAAAAACCACUUGGCCUAAAAACAGUCAGGUGUUUGUCUUUUGGUGCUAUUUCAGAGAUAAUUUGACAUUAUUGGUGCAGUCGCACACCAAACCACAGACCUAAGAAAAUAUGCAAAACUUAAAAAUCCCUUUGUUAAUCUUUGUUAAAAAUGUAGCAAUAUAAAAUGUAAACUGCAUAAGAGCUUUCUGCCUGUCAGUCAUUCAGGGGUUUUACAAAGUAAAUCAUGUCUGGUGGAAAGGGAAUACUCCAUUUUGUAAUUUAUCUAUACAAUUCUAAGGUACUGUGCAAAAGUGAUUGUUGAGGGAAAAUGUACAUUGAGAAAUUUGAAUAAUGAUCAGGAGCAACAAAUUAUAUAAUUCUUAAUAUGUGCCCUUGUUUUUAAUUUUUAAGUAGGAAAGCAGAACAUGUCUUGGGUUGCACUGGAUUUGCUGAGACUGUUUCAGCUGAUUUUUUUUUUUUUUUUUUUUGUGCUUUUUUGAUGCUCAGUUGUAUUUCUUUUCCUUCCCCCUCCUCCCUCUUUUUUGGUAGCUGUCUUGUUCAUCGUAAUGUCUCUGCAGUUUAUUAAAAGCAAACCAUAAUCACGUAUAGAUCCAUAACACCUGUGGACAUAUAGGAAUUUUAAACAAGACAAAAUGAGGUCUGUAUGAUGGCCAUUUGUAAACACCCGUUGAGCUGUAACAGGAAGCUUGUCAUAGACCUCUUUGUGCUCUUGAACAUAAAGUGACUUGAAGCAUGGGUUGUGUGGACUGAAAAUAAAGAGGCUAAAGUUUUCCUGUUUGUCCUUUUUGUUUCUUAGUGGUAGCUGUG